AUGACCCUGGAGUCGACAAAUUCGAACAACAGCUCUGCAUCGGCCGACAAAUCCCUCCAGGCUGCUCUGUCUGCUCUCGAUAUCACGCUCUGCGGCCGUACCUCGCUUUUCACCCUCCAAGUCCUCCUCACGAUUGUUCUUGGUAUUCAAAGAUUGCGACCUGGUGAUUCAGUCGCUCGGAAUAUCUUGGGCGUCGCGAGUCGGACAGUCUUGUCGUUGGCAUUGCACCGUUCGAACGACAUCGCCGGUCUCAGCUUCUCCGAACGUCUGGAGAAGUUGCAGGCGUUCUGGUGCUUCUACAUCUUGGACGUAGAGACGUCGAUGCGUGAGAAUAUCCCGCCCUGCAUCCAUUACGAUGACGUCGAUAUGCUUCUCGUUGAGCCGCCCAAGCUGUCCCACCGGGGCUACGGACUAGUGCAGUCUCUUGAUGGGAAUACCCUUAACUUGUACACGGCCCGUCAAAGACUCGCACGCAUCGGUGGUCUUGUGUGGAAGGAGCUUCAUACGUCGAAAGGUCGAUAUCACCCAACGGCGGUCCGCAAGGAGGCAGUAGGUCGUUUGAACGCCAAGCUGGUGGAAUGGAAGGCUGAAUGGUACGAUUACGGGCCUUCCGCAGAUCUUCCAUACGACUGGCCAGAGGACUCCAUCAUGUACAUUGCAGACGUGCAAUUUUCUUUCUUCCAAACGAUGUUGAUGGCGAACGUCAGUAUUACCACCUCGAUUGCGGAGAUGUGUGAUCAAGUGCAGAACGGUCAAGGUCUUUCGUUGGCACCUCACUGUCUUAAGGCGGCAAGAGAUACUUGUCUGGUCGCAAUGGCCGUUCAAGAUGGCGAAGCCACUUACAUAUGGUGA